AUGAGCCUUUUGGAUACCUUGCAAAAGGCAAAAGUGGAGGACAUUUUCAAAGGCUUGCAGGACAUGGCCCCAGAAGAUCGCAAGAAGGUCCAGGAGGCUUUGAAGAUCAUUGAGACCGAGUCCUUCAAAAAAGUUGCUCGCAGCUAUGGAUGCUCUGGUGGAGAUGGAGACUGGGGUGAGUUUAGCAUGCGGGUGACUUUGGGUGCGGAUGGUACUGGAACUGUGAAAGAGACAAGUGUCAUGUUCCGAGACAGCCCAGAGGAGACUGAGACUUGGUAUGGCAGCUACACGGUGAAGGGUGACUUCAUCAGUUUCAGUGCCACCGAGCUGGAAAAAACGUCCAGCGGAGCCGGGGGAGUGCACACAGCACCCAAAAAACCAGAAAAGAAGGAGUUUUUCUUCCGCACCACAGAAGAUCAGAACCUUCUCCAAGUGUCUCCCAAGGGCGAGGAGUUCGAGAUGCCUUACGCUGAUGGUCGUUUCGGAGCUGGUCAACAUGGUGCUGAUUUGGGCGCUCAAGUUCUCUCGGUGAUCGAGGUGGACUCAGGUCAUCCUAAUGCAGGAGCAGAUGGACACAACUUAAAGGGCACCGAUCUCUGCGCAGCCUGGGAGGACGUGCAACUCAUGGUGUCGCAGGGUUGGCUGCGCAGAGCACCUGAGGAACAGCUGGCAGACACGGAGGAAAGGAUGAAAUAUCAGGGCCUCUGGGCCCACUUUUGGUGCCUCCAUGGCUUCUCCUGGCUGCUUCAGCAGUUGGCCGCCUCUGCAGAGCUGCGCCUGAGACGCGUUGAGCGCGUGAAGACCACGGAUUUGACGGUGCAGCUGUGGGCCACGGAGAGACGAAGCGGGCAGCUGCGAGAUGAGGUCCACAGCAAGGCCGACCUGGUGAUUCUGGCGGUGCCAGCGCCGGAGGUGCUGCGUCUGGCCCCGGAGCUUCCGGCCGCGCUGCGCGCGGCGCUGCGGCAGAUCCGCUACGACGGCCGCGUGGCGGUGGCGCUCACCUUGGAGCACGCCACGUAUCCGGCGGUUCGUGCUGCCUUCGCAGGUGCUGCAGAAGUGAGCCUGGAUCUUGGAGACACACCACAUGAAGAUGUUCAUUUGGUUGAACCCGCUUUGGUGAUGUCGAGCUCCCAAGUGCUGCGCUGGAAUUUGGCGAUUGCCACUGCUGCAAAGGCAGCCAAAUGGAAGAGAGCGAUGUCCUUAAUGCUUGGCCUCAAUGCGCAGGCCUUGCAACCGGACAUCAUCACCUUCAACACCACCCUGCGGGCAUGCACCCGUGCCAGUCGCUGGAGAUUGGCUGUGCAGAUGCUGAACUCGGUGAAUCAGCACGGACUUCGAGCGGAUGUGGUGAGCUACACGUCUCUGCUGGGGUUUCAGAAAGACUCAGGUGCAUGGCUGCGAGCUUUGAGGGUUUUGCAUGAGAUGCACAUGGCAACGCUCCAAGCUGAUGCCACAGCGUUGAACGCAGUGCUUGCUGAUUGUGCCACUGGUCCCUGGCCCUGGGGCUUGAUCCUGUUGCAGAGGCUACAGCAGUUUGGUCCGAAAGCCUUUGCGGUGGCGUUGAGUACUGCAAUGGCUGGAGCUGUAAAAAAUGGACGUUGGGAUGUCGCCUUAUCUCUGUUGCAAUCGUUGCAAUCCUACGAAGCAAUUGAUGGUGUGCUGCUGGCCACCUGCAUGCGUGUUUGUCGUGCUGGACAUCUAUGGCAAUUGGGCUUGUCGUUACUUCCCCGGGCGCGUGCGGCGCGUGCGGAUGUUGCAGUGUACAAUGCUGCCAUCAGUAUGUGCGCAGAUGCUGGUCAAUGGCAACUUGCAUUGAAACUCUUGGGACGGGCCCAUGAUGAAACCCGGGUGGAUACAACCAGUUGCAAUGCGGCGAUUACUGCCUGUGAUCGGGGUCAGGCUUGGCAACAAGCCCUGCACAUUUUUCACUUGUCCGCUGGCUUGAGGGAUGUUAUAAGUUAUGGUGCGAUCAUCAGUGCGUGCCGGGCGCAGUGGCCUUUAACACUCUCCUUGCUGCGACUGGCAGCCAGCGAAGACGUUCGGCCAGGCGAGAGAGCGUGGAGUGCAUUGUUCACCUCGUGCAAAGCACAGUGGGAAUUGGGACUGGCUUUGGCAGAAGAAGGACGUGACUCAGAUUGGGAUCUGACAUGUCACAACUCCGUGCUGCAUAUCCUCGCGACGACUGGGAAGUGGACGCAGGUGAUUCACUUGCUGCGGACUUUGCGCGAAUCCGGACCACAGCCAGAUGCUGUCACUUGGGAUGCUGCUUGCUCUGCCUUUGAGACCUCUGGUGCCUUUCAGCAGCUGCCUUUCGCGCAAGCAGCUUUGCGCAGCACAGCAGCCACACUCUGUGCAUCUCGUGAGUCGGAAGGACCAUCAGAUCUCUGGCCGUUGAGAGCUGGCUUGGGCUUAGCAGCUGGUUGGGCCUCUGGGCGCUUGGAGAGGU